UUUUCUGAGGGAAAAUUGUAUUCUCAAGGACUUUUGUUUGGUAUAUUUCUUAUCGAUUGCAAACAAGCCCGUUAACAAUAAUAAACAAUUUCCCGGUGUGAGAUGACUAACCAUGUACGGUAGUUACGGUAGCACCACAGCAUCCUCUUCACAAUCUACAGCAGUUAUCCAGGUUUUUGAGGAUAUAUCGUCUAAGCUGCUUAAGAUACGUUUACUUGCAAAUGAACUAGAAACUCUGAACAAAAGCAUUAGCAUCAAAGGAAAUUCGAAAGCUCAAUCUGAUCUCCUAAACAAGAGGGAGAAGGAUGCUCUACAGCUGGUUGAUGAAACUAAAAACUUGUUUAUAAGCCUUUCUAAGCAUCCGUUAUCAGAUCAGAUUGCUAAGAUCCAUGUAGAAAAGCUCAAAGUUGACUUCCAGCGUGUACUUCACCGGUUUCAAAGGACUCAGGCGGAAAUAAAAAGACGACUACUUACUGAAAGUCGCCCAGCUUCGCUUGUCGGAGAUUUGAUUACUCUAAAUCCGGAUGAAAAUGAUGAAAGCAAGCUUGUUCAGGCACAAGUAUCUGCGUCCCAGGAGGGUGAAAUUCAAGAGUUGGGAAGAAUUUUAAAUCAGGAGGACCAGAUGCGAUCUAUUGAGGAAGAUAUUGUAAAUGUGAAUGCAAUUUUUAAUCAACUCUCUGAAUUAGUAUAUGAACAACGAACUGCUGUUGAUUCAAUUGAAGAUUGUAUUGAAGUGGCGCUUACCAAUGAACAGUCUGGUCACUCAGAACUUGUAAGAGCUUCUGAUAGACGGCAAAGAUCUCGAAGAUGUUGUUGUAUAUUUGUAGCCAUCAUAUUUGUGAUCAUUCUCAUUGUGAUAAUUGUCUUAGUUAUUGAAUACCCUCCGAAGCGAACUCAAUAGAAGAGAAUCACUUACCUACACAUACACAUACACACACACACACUCACAUUCAUACAGAAACUGUCUAUAUUUUUUUCUGUAUCAUAUAAUAACUUAUACUGAUAAUUUCACUCGUUCAUGCUCACCUCAUCUCAAAUCAUUUAUCACUAUUUUAUUCCACUUUGUUUUUAGACAGAAUUUAACUACGCAUACAUUUGUAAUAUAUAUACUACUGAUUAUCGUUAUCAGAGACUUGUUUUACUAUUCAUAGAAAAAAAAUUUUUUCACACAUAUUUUGUUAGUUGUUAUUAUUGCUGUUUUUUUUUGUUUAGAAGAAGCACAGACCUGUGUAUGUCACGAUGUUGCCUAUGUCUUUUCUUUUUAGAUUUUUUUCCCCUUGUUUCUUGUCCAAAAAACUUCCGAUCUCUUUCUGUCGUCUCAUCUUAUAUUUUUAGAAUGCCAAGCAAAAAUCAAGACUAUUAAUUGAUGAUAAUUCAUUCAAUAAAUUUUUCAGGAUUGAUUUCUCCCCAUUUUUUUUUACCAACAUAAUAGACAGAGAGCCAAAGAGAAAUAUAAAUAAAUAAAAUUUCUUUUUUUUUUUCUGUGGUUUGAAUUCUUAGUACAACAACUAUAACGACGGCAAUGAUACUAUAUUAUUAUUAUUAUUAUUAUUAUUAUUAUUAUUAUUAUUAUU